AGAGCUGGCAAAAGAGAUUUAGGAAUGUUGGCAGGAAGACUCUGGUCAAAGGUUUUGGCGGAAGAACUAGGGGCGGGACGCGAGAAAGGCGGCCCAGCGCGCGCGGGCCCCGGUGAGGGCUCCGCUCUAGCGGGUGGCGGCUGGACGCGGUGGCGCGCCCCGGCUGGGGUACAGACGAUCCCCGCGCGCCGUGCAAAGCUGCACCUCGGGCUUGCGGGCCCGCGCCGGGGGAGUCCCCGCCUCCAAGCUGGAGACCGGCCUCCUGGGCGCACGAGUCGUCAUCCCCCCCGCCCCCCACCUCCCCCGCCGCCCGGGCCCGAGCGCUUAUUCGCCCUAGCUGGUUUCCUACUUCCCCGCUAUCCCACCCCGGACUCUGGGUGGAAAGGUGGCACUGUGAGGCCGAGAGUCAAACGCCUGGGCGGGGCGGAAGAGACAGUGGCGGGGGGAGACCGGGCGCCAGGCGCGCCCGCGCAGACCCCGGGGAGCCAUCGCCGCAGAGGGAAGCCCGGGCGCUUUGGCUACCGCGGGCGCGCGACGCCUCCUCCCCGCUUUCCGCUCAGUCCCAGGCGCACCCCCGGCAGUGGCAAUCCCCGGCUGCUUGGGGCGAGCGGCAUCGUCAGAUUUGGGGUAACCCCGGGCGACCUCAGCCCGAGGUUCGGAGGGAGAGGCGCCUCUCCGAAACUGGCAGGUUGACCGAGAAGUCGAACCGCGCGGCGCAGCGCCCGGGCGUCCCAGAGUCACGGCUGCCCGCCUCCUUCCUAGUGGGACCCGCGCGGCCCCGCGCGCUCCCGGGACCGGGUUGACCAGUCUGUGCCUCCGCGGGGUGAGCGAGGGGGCACUCGCAGAGACUUGAGCCGUGUUGUUUUUAGAAAACUGCCGCCAAUCUCUCUUCCCUUUUCCCUGCUGAGUGUGCAUUUCCCAGUCUGAACCCACCAAGCGAACAAAGCCACCAGAUCCUGCGCUCCAAGAGGCACUGCCCCCGCCCCGCCACCUCGCCCCCUUCCUCCCACCCGCCUUUCCCGGGGAAGGGUCGGCACGCAGAAAACGCCUUUCUUGCUCUGCAGCUGAGAAUUUUGCCAGCCUUUCUCCAACCAACUAAUAAGACACGCAGUAGGUACUUUGGGGGAGAUAUCAUAUUUAAGUUCUGCCUCUGAUUUUUCUGAUCUGAGACUUUUCUCUAACUCCGGAGUUUCCACAUGCAGUUCUGGGUAAUGGAAGCCCUACCGCACUGAUUGAUAACUGGCUGCUGGUGGGCAAGUACGGAGCAAAUUGUCCUUGCUAACAACGUCUUUCUUCUGCUGGUGGAAUCCACUAAGUGUCAAAGAAGGUCAGUUUUAGAUUUCUGCUCUUCCCUCUGUAAGGAGACAGACCGACCUUUACAGAGGUAAGUGAUAGGAAGAAUUUGGCAGUAUUCCUAGGCUGAUUCUAUUUUGUCUCGAGAACACACAUCCCUCUUUCAGACAUCACAAGCCCUCAGGCUAUGUAGGAUCCGAUUCGACUGAAGGGAAGAUCCACCACCACACUCCCUGAGUGCAAGGCAGAGGCCCUGGAUGGACAACACCCAGCUUCAGGAACUCCCAUGAAGGGGUUACUGCAAGAAGAAAGCCCUUCACUUCUGCCUCCUGAGCCAGACUGGAACAGAGGUUGGUGCAAAUGCAGAUUGGUAUUUCAGAACUGCAUCACAUCAAGUUGCUGCAGGAGGGCAUGGCAACCCACGCCAGUAUUCUUGCUUGGAGAACCCCAUGGACAGAGGAGCCUGGAGGGCUACAGUCCGUAGGGUCGGACAUGCCUGAAGGUACUUAGUACAUAGGUACACAAAGUCUAGUCAAGUUUUUUUAAAGCAUACACAUCAGCUUAUUUCAGAAAAGCAACCACAAAACAUGGUUUUAGUAGGAGCUAACCUACAUUUGAAAUGUAAGAAUGAAAGACAUAAAAUAGAAAAGCUUAAAAAUUGAAAUUUAGAUUAAGUGCCCACUAUUUAAAAUAAUUACAUUAAAAAUGGCAUGGUUGUUAAAUGACUCUGUCAUUCAAGGGAUGCCCUUUUGGACCUCAUGUAGAGCUGUCUCCAUUUGGAUUAACAGAGAAAAGAGGAAAAUAAACUAAUGAACGUUUCCCUUCUGACCCUUCAUUUUGAGCCUUUUAAAAACCUUGAAAAAAAUAUUGAAGAAAAGACUACUAUCAAAGUUUUAAAACAGAGUUACAAUAUAAAGUGUCUGUAAUACAGUGUGUACAAAUGCAGGAAGACAAUGCUAAAGUUUGAAUCACGUGAGUAGAUUCAAAGCAUUUGUUGGUGUCAAAUAUUAGGGCUAGAAUUUGAAAACUAUUUUUUGUCUGAAAAGAUAAUCUUAGAUUAUUCUGCCUUCACUGAUUACUUUCAUCAUAAAAAUUAAUAAUAAUCCAUAGAAAUACUCAUCAAAUCAAUUAAGACAUCAUUAGAGAGAACAUAGUCAACAUUUGAAAAGAACUACUUCUAAGUAGAACAAUCUAUAAAGCAUUAUUAGAACAUCAAAUAAGGGAAAGCUAUCUCUUAAAAGUUUAUCAUAGGGAACUAAAAUUCUGAAGAAUUUAAAAAAUUAGUAAAACCUAAAUUAAAACUAUCAACUAAAGAUCAAAAUAAUUCUAGAGAAUUUUGAAAAUUAGUAAAAAAUAAUUUUAAAACUAUCAACCAAAGGUCAGAAGAACUCUCCAAAAAACAUCUCACAGUUAAGAACUAUAGAAUUUAUCCUAACAGAAUAUUAUUUCAUUUUGUAUUUUUAGUAGAUGGCUCUAGCUAUUUACAUGAGAAUGAUGCAGUUGUAAAUGGAAUUAUUUUCUUAAUUUCUCUUUCUGAUAUUUAUUACUAGUGUACACAAACACAACAGAUUUUUAUGUAUUGAUUUUGUAGUUUACAACUUAAUUCUGAAGUUGAAACUCCAAUAUUUUGGCGACCUGAUGUGAA